UCUGCUCCUGCUCGGCGCCGCCCGCCAUCCCUCUCGUCGCCGCACUUCCGCCGACGAGCCCUAUCGCCAUUGCUUCUCGCAACAGCAGCAACAUCUUCACGACCAGCAGCAGCAGCCGGCGGUGAACCCUCGCGCCGGCCGUCUGCGGCGGUCGUCGCCGGAUUUCAGCACCACCAGCACCCCUCCUCUAUCAUCUCCAAGCUCUACCUCCCUUCCCCAGGUCUGAUUCACGAAGAUUCACCGGUUAGAGAAGCAAUUCGAAAAUUAGGGUUCUUCAAAUUGGGGAUUUUGCCCUAAUUUCGAAU